CCCAUCCUCAUCCAUCCCAUCAACUUCUCAACUUCUCAACUUCUCAACUUUAUCAAGUCCAAGAUGCAGAUCGAGAUUCCGGAUCUCGAAGACGACAGCCUAACUUCACAUCGAAGGCAUGGAUCAAACACCACCACUGGCCUAUCAUUCCCCAACUUCACCACUACUACUGCCAACCUAUCAGCCUCCAGACCAUUCGGAGGACAACACCCCACAACCUCAGCACCACUCUCCCGUCGACCGAGCGCAAACCAACACAUCCUCACCAACAACAGCAACAACAACAACGAACAAACUAACAACACCAACAUCGGAAUCAGAAGAAACCCUAGCAUCAACCAUCACAACCCACUCCAUCAAUCUCCCUCAAGCCCCUCACUCAACUCAGCCUACCAUCAUCAAGCACCACCACCACCACCACCACCACCACUACCGACCACUGGAACAACACCAGCAACGACUAGUCGAACUACCCACAGAAAACUAUCCGUCGCUAGUCUCAGAUCGGGUAUCAACAACUCCAAAUCCAACCCAAACCAACGUAAUCAAAAUGAACACCCUCCCAACCAGAUCCCCUCUUCCCCCUUCCCAGCCAGUCCUAAUCCGAUGUCCGCUGCUCAGUCCGGCUCUCAAAAUGGCAGUCCUCAGCUCGACCAUCACCCACCCCUCGAGGUAGCCAUCUUUUUAAUCAUGGACAGAUUUUUUGAAGAGUGUGAAAGUAAACUGGCCCAACUCUUAAGCAAACCAAUUCCUACCCACUCUGUGGAAGAUGAUGUAUACAUACCGUACUGCUUGGGACACGGUGUCGAUCCGGCCUUCGAUGCCACCUUCAUUUCUCUUGCCCAAGUCUCCAAGAAAAACCCUGCCCAGGUCGUCAAUUUCGUGAUGCGGUGGAAGUCUCGUCAAGGAGAAUUAAACGAUGAUUAUGCCAUCCAACGCGCCUUGGUCACCAGUGGUAAUUCUCUCAAUGCUCGUCGGGUUACUGCUGUCCUAUCUGAACGCAAAAACCUUGCACUGGUCUACAUCCUCUGUCGCGCCUUGAUCUCAAUCGUCCAAGUGGUGACUCGUGAAGCACUAGGUGAAGAGUUGGGCACUCGUCUGGAAGAGAUUAUCUUUAACUCAAUCAAGAAUGCGGAUCCUCACGUCACCGCUAGGACGCCUAACAAGCAGGCCAAUAUGAAUAUGUUUGCCUAUCUCCUUGGAGCUCUGUCUAAUAUCAGAUUCACGAGUGUCAGCGAUCGAUUUGCAGCCGAAUUGGACGCAAUGAAUCGUGUCGCCUAUCUUCGUGAUCAGAAAGAUGGAGAAGCCAGAUUGGGAUAUUUGAUCCGAGGCGUCCAGUUCUUGAAAUUGAAGGUUUACCCACUCGAGGCGUUUGAGGACACUGCCGAUUUCAUCUCGGCCUUCGCGACCGUCUUCGAGGCAUCCAGAGGCUCGUCUGUUAAGACCGCAAUGGCCGAAACUCUGGGUCCUUUACUCGCUCAAGUUGUUCAAUCUGCCACCGCAGAAGUCAAUCAUCCCGUUUGGGGCAAAGCAAUCAACCUCAUCCUCAACAAGUCCCACUCCAUGUCGGAUAAACCCUCAAAAUCAAGAUACUGGAACUCAACGGUCCCAUUGAUGUGUGCAGCUGUUGGUGCCGCACCUCAAGAGCUCCUAUUACCCAAAUGGACUGAGACCGUAGACUGGUGCACUACCAAGCUCAAAGAAAAGAGCACCCGAGCCACCAUGAUGCUAGGGAUUGUACAACUAACUUGGUCAUACCUGCAUCGGGUUCGGGAAGGUGCAUCGGCCCUCAACAAACGCCUCGAACCGAUCCUCAAGACGGCCUUCCCUCCAGAUCGGAAGAAUGUCUAUCCAUCAGAGGUUUCCCUUGAUACGUUUGUCUCACUGAUCCAUUAUAUCUUGUACUGGCAGCUCGACUAUGGUACCGAUUUCGUCCUCAGAUCACUUCUUACCUACGCAAAUGAUGCCAACGAGAACAACCAAGGCUUAGUAGCCCAAACCGGGGCUGAAAGAAUCAUGAUCGGAAUCACCGGCAGCUUGAGAGCGCUGACUUCCUUGGAAAAAGGUCAAGAUCCAUCCUACCCCACCAAUGACCAUCACCAGCACUCAAAAAAUUGCUCGAACCCACACAUCAUCUAUGAUCCUAAUUACGCCAAGACUGGGGAAUCACCCAAUGACGGUCAGGCACUCAAGCCCGAACUGCUCGAGAAGCCACGCAUCAAAGCAUUUGUGGAUUCCAUCGGUACCAAGGUCCUUCAGAUGGCCGCUUACUGUGAUCGCACCCUGGCUCCGUUCACCAUUAACGAAGACAAGUAUUUAACUCCUUGGCACGAUAGCAUUGCGGCAAGAGCCGAAACGUUUGAUGGCCCUACCGUCAUCAAACGACACGGUGCCUUUGCAGUCGAAUACCCUCGCCACCUUCAGCCCACCUUUGAUGUCUUGCAAACCUGUUUACAGGCGUGGCCGCGGAUCAUAAACUCGCCGGCAUCUGAGUCUGCGUCUCUUGCUAUCUUACUCAGAGGAUUGGUUUCCCUGGACGUCGGUGUGACGAUUGAGGCCAAACUGUGCUUGCGGCGUUUUCUACAGGCUGGUAAAUCUUUUGCCGUCCUUCAAGCCUACACGAGAUUUCUAGUCAAGCCAGACUUCUUGGUCCGGAUCAAGGCUCAUCUUCAGAAAGGGCUCGACUCGAAAGUUGAAAACCUAGUCAAGUUCUGGGUGGAAGCCUUGACGGGAUGGUGUGAACACAUUCGCAAGGUAUCUGUCAAUGGAGAAGAUCCAGACUACGCGUCUUCUCCCUCCUUUGGAGCCGAGGGAACUAAGCUGCUCUGUCACAUGGAGGCCACCGGCUUGGUUUUAUUAUGCUCUAGGUCCUAUUAUAUCCGUCGUUCAGCCUUGGAUGCCUUACGAAUCAUUGCCACUGCCCGUGGGAUUCUCCAAGAAGCCAGCUCAGUCACCACCCCAAGAUCAACGACCUUCAAUUCGACCUGCAGUGUCACUAAUCUGUUAGUCGAGGCCGAGAAGCGCCUGUUCGAUAAUUUGAACGUUGAUGAUUUCUCGAGCGUCGAGCGGACCCGACUGGUCAAGUGGAAAAAACACCGCAAGGUGGCCAAUGGGGAGAGCUUGACCCGCCUGCUCGAAUCAGACAAUCCAGCCGACUUCACGUUACUCUGUUUUGCUCUAUCCUCGAUCUUCAGCACCUCCCUCGUACACCUACCUGCCACCGUAUCUCAUGCUCGAAUCCUACUCUACGGCCAACUCCAGCGUCUGUAUCCCUUAGCCUCCGAUGCAGCUGGUGUCGGUGGCCGUUCAACGGUCAACGGCACCGGACUCAAUCCAGGCUGGGAUGAUCGCAACCUGUACAUGUCUUGGUCUUCACUCCUCAUCAGCGUCACCAGCAUCACCACGUCGACCGACCCAAAGACUGGUAAUCUCAGUCCGACGAUCGAUACCCUAUCAAACACUUCUCAAAGUUCCUCGGCUCGUGAAAGAAACAUCUCUCCUGGGGAGGAUCUGAUCAAGACUUUAGUACCUUUCUUGACUUCAGACCAGCCCCCGUUCAGGGAAGCCACGAUCCGGGCCAUGAGCUCGAUCCAUGUCUCGAUGUAUCCGACGCUGUUAGAAGGCCUCUCAGGACUCGCCCAUCAUUUGACGAGUGAACGUAAGAUGAUAGAAGCCCAAAAGGAUCGCUCUGCCCGACCGAACGGGACCGUCAAGAUCAUCAGAUUGUUCUCAGCUAUUGGCAAGCUCCACGAAUCCACCACUAAACUCAUGUUUCAUCCUGAGUUUGUCAUCACCGAAAGGACCGUUGAUAUCCUCUCUAAAUUCACUCGAGAGACUUGUAUCUUUUUGAAAUCUCAACAGAAUCUAGAUGAUAUCGUCUCCCUCUCCAUCCGCAAAUCUUUCCUCAUCUUCGCUGAAAGACUCUUAAGAAAAGUCGCCACCGUACGAUCCACCCGCUCUUCCUCCUCUUCCUCCUCCUCCUCUUCCGCAGCUAUUGAUCAUGAUGGCCUGAAAACUCAAAGCAGCCAUACUCAAUUAUUCCCCAAAGAGCUCUUCCUUGAUUUUUACAAUUUGGCUGAAGAUUGGAGUACCAGAGCUAUCAAUUCUUCUUCUUCUUCUUCGUCCUCCUCUCAAACUCAAUUUACACAUGGUAAUCUGAACUUCAAUACUAAUAAUGGUGUCGCUGGGAAUGAUGGUCAUCCCUCACGCACUGGCUCCUUAUCUAGUCGAGCUAAUGUAUCCCAAAGAGGAAGGCCAUCAGUUUCUUCGACUACCAUCUCGGGCGAUCUUCUUCCUGCUUCAGCAUCGAUGAUCGCUACUUUAUGCGAGAGUUAUCUGGACGUUCGGGUCGCAAGUGGCACCCAGACUAGACCUGAAAGUAGUGCGGAUCGUCCCCGCAUCAGUGUUUCACGACUUCUGAGAUGGAUUGUAAUGUUAUUUGAAAAGAAUGACCCCAAGUCGCACAUCCAAGCAAGGCGAGCGUUCAUUGGGUCUGUGAAAAGUAGCAGCGAAUCAGAUCGGCUGCUAGAGGCGACACUGACGCUUUGUUGGAAUGAAACUAAAGCCAUGCCGUUGCUACAGACUCUCUUUGGGCUCUUGGGGAAUGCAUUAAUAUCAGACCCAAGCCUUCAGAUCCGUGACUCAGCCUUACUAGUGAUUUGUCUGGCUCGGCUGACCCAUUCAGACUUGACGAUGCGACAGCAAGCCAUCGACCUUUUGAAAGCGCGCGGAAUGCUUAGUACACAAUUGGACCUGUUGUCGGACGUCGAAGUUAACCUGGCAAGCGCAUUUUCUGGACAACAUCUAGCCGCCCAGUUUCGUACCUCGGCCACUGUUUGUAGUUUACGGAAAGUGGCUUCGAUUGAUUUCAUCAUCGAGCUAGGCUCCCGAAUCAUUCAAACUGAUCCGCAGAAGUCAAAGCCGCUCGCCCGUCUGAUGCCCAGCUGGCUCAACCAGAUUCAGUUGCCUACUACUAUACCAGAUAGCUCUUCUUCUAAAUUCAGAAAUCUUAUCAAUGUCGUGCUCUUGGUCACUUCCAAGAUAAUUGAUACUCACUCUGACGAGGUGCGAUCGAUCUGGACAUCAUUUGCCAAUGCAUCUCCAGCUAACUCCAAAGCCAUCGCCACAUAUCUUGUCGAGCAAACCGCCCGACGUGGCUUGCCCAGCUUUGUUGGUUUAGUGAGAACCCUGAUAUCUUGUAUGUCAUAUGAUGACGCGACAGAUUCGAUUCACAAAGACCUACUGAGUCUUGUCGAGCCCGCCAAACUUUUGGCCGCUUCUGCUGCAACUUCUCUAAGCGAUCCUGGCUCGACUGCUUCAUCUGGAUCGAGAUCGUUUGACCUAGAAGCUUACUUUCCUGCCCUAUCCUCUCGAGCCGUUUGUUCUCCUAUGCAAGCCGUCAUCCUUCUUCUGGGUGAAACGAUGGUUCUCCGGCCUCUCACGCUCGCCGAUCGUCUGCCGCACAUUCUCCACGCUUAUGUCGUUCAAGUGGAUCACACUAAUCCACCCUUUAGAACUCAAAUGCAAGAAGGCUUAGUCCGCUUUGUGGGCAUGUUGCGCCGAGCCCAAAUGUCCAAUAACCAAGCCCCGAGUAGCUCAUCUUCAGAUGGCCCCUCCGACCGGGAACCAUGGAGAUCGUUUUGGGAGUUCGAUGAUCUCGGUGGCUCUCGCAGACAUCGCAAAGGUCCUCCGGCUAACAUGGAGUCAUUAGUCCAUCAGAUCGCCUCUCUCUCGUCUCAUCUGUUCCCCGAUUUCACUCGUAACUGGACCCAAGUGGCUGUCGAAUGGGCCACCCAAUGUCCCGUCCGACACAUCGCUUGUCGAUCGUUACAAGUCGUCAGGGUGCUCGGAUUGUCGGUCGAUCCUACUCUACUUGCCGAACUUCUCGUCCGUCUCUCCAAUACCGCAUCUGAUCCUUCACAGGAUAUCCAGCUGUUCGCGUUGGAAGCCCUGACUACUUACUCGGAUUGUGCUAAAAUCACACCGGGGAACUCGGCCCUCUAUGCGCAGUUGUUUUGGACCGGGGUCUCAUGUCUCGAGACGGCUAAUGACCUCGAAUUCUUGGAGGCGAUCGAGUUGAUCAGAUCGGUGGUCAAGUCAAUCGAGCCUAGUCAUUCUUACGAAAUUGCAAAUUCUAGACCAAGCCAGUGGGAAUCUGAUGCCAGUCCCUUCAGAGCAUUAUUGACCAAAGGACUACGUUCGUCCCAACUCUGUUCUGCCUCGUGGAGCUUGGUGAAGGACUUGCUAGAUCUACCGGACAAUUGCGGGAUCAUUGAUUGGCUCAAUGGCGGUCUCGGCUUGUUGUAUGCCGCCUGUUUGCCCUGGUGUUUUCAUGUGUUGGAGACCAGUGUGAUGCAGUAUGAGAUCGAUGAGAUCGCACUGAGCGUUGCCCGAAUCGCUGAAACAUUCAGAAUGGACGGCUUAUCUAGAGUCAUGGUCUCCUUCGCUAAGAAUCGAUUCAGGACUAAGGAAGACUUCCUACGUCAGGCCGUUAAUGGAAUUCGAGAAUACUUUCUCCCCAAGUUUUCGGCUGAUAUCCUGAUCGUCUACCUUGGUCUAUUGUGUAAUCCACUGGAAUGGCUUCGAUUGAAAACCCUGGCCGUCCUGAAGUUGUUCCUCAAGACGAUCGAGCCCACAUUUUCCUCGUCGGGGAUUAACGAGCUAGGCUACGACUUACUCACGCCCCUGUUACAUCUCCUACAGACUACUGCCUCUCAACAAGCCUUGGAUAUUUUGGCAGAACCGAUGCCGAUCAAGAGUCGACCGUUGAACGGACGGAAAGCGAUGGGAACGACGAGCGAGGAAGGCUCGUCUAAGAAAGUGUUUGGGAUACCCGAUGAGACGGGAUGGUGUGUGCCGAAUCCGCAGGAAUCGAUGCGGGUUACUCGGAGUAGAUUGACGGACGUGAUCGAAAGCUUUGCGGGGAGUUUUAUGAGCGAAAGUCUGAACCGAUCCUCGGUGGUUGAAUUCACCUAUGAGUGGGGACAUGAGGCCGAGAACAGUAUCGAUAACCAAACCCAGUCGGAUUUUGCGGAGACCAACGAGAGUUUCGGGGACAUGGUUUCGACCUUACACGAUCUGUCGGACUUCUUUGGACAGGAUGGGCCUGCUGGCAGUCACGCCGGUGUUGGGCACGGUUCCUCCUCCUCCAGAAUCUCCUCGCCCCUCAACCCAUCCACCGCACGAGUAGCCGCGAUCCUCUCUCGUUCGUUGAGUAAGAGACGUGCCAAUCGGCCUAGUCUGCAUGUCAAGCCGACUGCCGAACCGGUCGAUGAGCGCGAACAACAAGUCGGGGGUCGAGAGACGAGGCCGUCGAUGGCCGUUCACUCCUCCUCCUCCCUCGUCGGUGGCCUCUCUUCCACUAGUCGCCCUCUCAGCGUCAUCUCGUCCUCCGGUAGCUCCUCCCCACGUCGCACCCAUCAUCAUCAUCCUCCUAAUGCUCCUCCCCCUGCUGCGGCUGCUGCUGCUGCUGCUGCUCAAUUCCCCCCUCAUCCUCCACUCUAUCAUCAAUCCUCGCUCUCAAUCGACUCUCGAGACGAAUUCUUGGGUCAUCAUCUUGCUCGGAUCCCGGGCGAACAUGAGCUGGAUGAUGAUGAUGAUCAUGAGGAUGAUCUGGAGGAUGAUGAUGAUCAUGAGGAGGAGGAUGAAGAUGAGGAGGAGGAGGAGGAUGAUGAUGAUGAGGAUGAUCCAGAAGAAGAAGAGGAGGAGGAAGAGGAAGAGGAAGAAGAAGAAGAAGAUCCACUCAGACUCUCCUCGAGAGCCAUCCAUCAUAUCCCUGCCGACCCCCCUCCGCCUCCCCAUCAUCAAUCACAUCGGCUGCCAACUCAUCUCUCUCCCAGUCAAACCUUCUUCUCUCAUGACGACUCCCAGUCCGUCUUUAACUUUGAUCUCGAUCAUCAUCAUCAUCAUCAUUGAGCUAUUUUUUUCCUUUUCCUUUUCUUUUUUUUUGGUUGGUUUGGUUUCUGUAAUUGGUCGAUUCUGGUUUUCCUUUUUUUUGGAUGGGGGUUUAUUUGUGGGAUGGGUUUUAUCACGCUUUAUCUCCUAGAGCUUUCUCUUCUUUUGUUUCUGGUAUCGCUCAUUUUGGAAAUCUGUGUGUAUGUGUUUGUGUGUGUAUUUGAUUGUGUGUAUUUGGUUUGGUUAUCGUUAUAUGGUUAUUAUUGGUUUGGG